AUGUCCGCAAUGGUCCAGUUGCUUCCAAUGAUGGAAGUCGUCUACAACCGAAAGAAGGCGACUUACUUCAAGAUGGCUCACAGCAACCUGCGAGGAACGCAUGUUGUGGCCGUCAAUCACAUUCAAGCAGGUGCAGUAGUACUCAUUGAGAAGGCGUUGCACAUCCAGCCCACCAAGAACCAUCCUUCUCUCUCUGUGGAUCCUGAGUAUCAGUCUUUGAUUGGAAUUCUGGAUGGCGGCAGUACGAGCGCUGCUAGUAGCACAUGUAGUAGUACUGCUCAUAAAGAUGCAGUGGGCCGUUUGGCAGAGCUCAACGCCACAGCCUACGUGCAAGGGUCAACGCAGAAAGAUGAGAUUUGGCAGCUUGAAGACUCCCACCGUCAAGCACGGGUAGGUGAUACUGUCAAAAUUCAUGGUCUGGCUUCCGAGGCAGGCAAAAAGCUGAAUGAACAACACAAGAGCAAAAGCAAGUCUGUUUUGAGAUCCAUCAAGCCAUGCAAUCUCAAAACACUUGGCGGGAUUAUGCGUACCAAUGCAUACCACGACGGCUCCUUGGAAGCAAACCUUCUCUUCAAGGAGCUCUGUAGGAUCAAUCAUGCCUGUGGCGAUGCUGCCAAUGUGAACCGAACGAUUCAUCAGGGAAAGGUGUAUGUGGUUGCCAAGAGAGACAUUGCUGAUGGAGAAGAGCUGUUGAUUGAUUAUCUACCCCUUGCAACUGAACUGGGAAGGGAUCGCCUCGAGUUGCUGCACAACAUGUUCAACUUUUGGUGCCAGUGUUCGGAACACCAGCAGCUUGCCUGA